CAAGCUCAAGUGUUCAUCCCAGUCCAGGAAACAUCAGAAACCUUGGCUUCGGACAGAACAGAACCAUGCUGGUUCAAACUCUCAAAAAGUCGCUCGUGGUCGCCGCGCUGGGGCUGAGCGCCGUCCUCCCCACGGCGCUGGCGCAGCAGCAAUCGGCCAACGCCAACACGCUGGUGAGCCGGCGACUGACCGAGUACCUGCUGCCGGUGGCGACGGAGACGCACGAGUUCGCACGCGUGCCGAACACGAACUUCGUGCUGCUGUCGCAGAUGUCGGACAGCGCGCUGAUCAAGAUCGAGCUCGACCCAGCCACGGAGGCGCCGAUCGCGUGGCAGUCGUUUCCGAUGGGGCGCAACAGCAGCUCGCAGCUGCACGGCGUGUGGCCGUCGACGCUGUACCCGGGGCUGAUGUGGCUGACGCUGCAGGCGGAGAACAAGCUGCUGCUGGUGGACCCCGGCCGCACGCUGGCGAGCAAGCCGGUGGUGGUGCGCACCAUCAACAUCCCCGUCCCCGGCAAUGGCCCGCACUGCGUCUUCGAGAUCGGGAACCGCGUGUGGGCCGGUCUGAAGGUCGCCUCGCCGCAGACGGGCCAGUACUACGUCUUCUCGGCCGAUGUCUCGCACUUGAACGCCACCAUCCCCCGGGCUGGCUCCAACACGACCGUCGCCACCGUCCGGGAUUCGACGCUGUACCCCUGCCUCAACAGCCCCGUCUUCAUCAAGGAGGAGCCCACCACCGGCCUGAUCUACGUGACCCAGGACACCGACUCGUCCAUCAUGCGCAUCAACGUCACCAGCGGCGAGACGGCGCAGCUGGCCAUCCCGCCCGCCGUCGGCAACAACGCCGUGGGGAUGGUCACCGUCGCCACGGGCCCGUUGCGCGGCGUGUGGUUCACGCUGGCCGGCAACGCCACCGGCGGCACGGGCACCUUCGGGCAUAUCGGCGCUGACGGCGCGAUGGCGUUCUUCAAGCUGCAGCACCCCUUGCUCGGCACCAACGCGGGCCUGCUGCACAUCGCGGAUGCGUCGUCGUCGUCGUCGUCGUCGUCGACCGAGGCCGGCGGCGGGCCCGCCCUGUGGCUGCUGUCCACCUCCCUGCUGAGCAGCAACUCACCGGACGCGCUGAUCCGCGUGACCUUCGACGCCAACAUCACCGCCGUCGCCGACGAGGAGUACAUCUCCAUGCUCACCCAGAACGCCAUGGUCCACCGCGUGCUGCCCCUCGACACCACCGUCCUGGUCUCCGAGCUCCACACCUUCACCCUCGCCCAGCUCGCUUACGUCCAUACCGUCGCCGGCCAGUGGCUGCCCGCUGAGGCGGUUACCAACACCACCGUCUACACCCAGGCCGGUUAAUUAGAGAGAGGGGGGGGAGGGAGGGUUGGUUUCCUCUCCUCCUGAACUACCGGAUGCAAUCGGUGGACAUGCCUGCUCUCCGGGCAUAAUAUAUAUACACUCUUGGUUUAUAAUUCUAAUCGAAUAUGAUACAUACAUUAAUUGGACCACAAUCACUCUGCGCAUUGGAUGAUAGGCAAGCGAUGAGGAAACUGGCUGCUGAAACACGCACCUUGAAAAUUUUCCUGGUAGGAUGCGCUGAAUACUAUUGUAGGGGUUUCGCCUGGGC